AUGAAUACUAUAUUCAAAUUUUUAGCUUUCGUUUUUAUUAUUAUUAUGAUUUAUAUUAUUUAUUAUUCACAAUGCAUAUCAAAAUCAUCUGGUAAGAAACGCUUAUCUCAAAGUAUAUCUGAUAAUUCAUAUUUACCACAAGAGACAUUUUCUACUAAAACAAUUAAUAAUAUAUCAACAGAAAAACCAAAUUAUGGUAGACCAAAUUUAGCUAAAUAUAUUCAUCUCGAUUUAAAAGGUGCACCACCAAAACUAGAUAAAUUUUAUGAAUCUUUUUUUAAUUUUCUUAAAAGUUUACAAAUGGGCGUAAAAGGUGUAUUAAUUGAAUAUGAAGAUAUACUUCCAUUAGAAGGAAUUUUUGCUGAUGUUGGUCAUCAAGCUGGUUAUACAAAAUCUGAUAUAAAAUUAAUAGAAAAAGCUGCAAAAGAAAAUGAAAUUGAAAUAAUUCCACUUAUUCAAACAUUUGGUCAUUUAGAAUGGAUUCUUAAAUUAGAUAAAUUCAAAUCAUAUCGUGAUCAUCCUAAUUUACCAUUAGUUAUUUCGCCAUGUCUUAAUGCUACUUAUGUUUUACUUCAAGAUCUUUUACAACAAACCCUUGACAUGCAUCCUAAUAGUAAUAAAAUUCAUAUUGGUUGUGAUGAAGUUAUGUUAUACAAUGUUCAUGAUCAAUGUUAUAAAAAACAAAUGAAUAAAUCUGAAAGAUAUAUUGAUCAUAUUCAACGUAUUGUUAAUAUUGUUCAUCAAAUUCGACCUGGAAUUCGUGUACUUAUUUGGGAUGAUAUUCUUCGACAUGAUGAAUUUACUAAAAAUGACAAAUUGCUUAGUCAACUAAAAGGUCUUGUUGAACCUGUUUCAUGGAAUUAUGUUCCAACAUUUCAUGAUUACUACAAAACUUUAUCUGCUUGGAAGAUAUAUCCAAAAUUAUUUAAUAGUAUUUGGGCUGCAAGUGCAUUUAAAGGUGGUGUUGAUCGUUUUUCAAUGAUAACAAAUACAACACAUCAUGUGUUAAAUAAUCGUCAAUGGCUUCAUUUUAUGCAAUCACCAACUUUUGAAGAAAAAUAUUUCUCAGCUAUUAUACUUACCGGUUGGUCAAGAUUUGAUCAUUUUAUGCCAUUAUGUGAUAUAUUACCAACAGCUUAUCCAUCACUUCUUUAUAGUUUACAUAUUUUAAAUACAGACCAAUUUCUUGCUGAUAAUCCAUUUUAUGAUUGUGAAACUUUAAUGAAAUCAAUUGGUAAAUAUUCACAAUUAUGUAAAUUAUUGCCAAGUAUUUCUAUUUUUUCAAGUAUAUCAUCUUUAUUCACAAUUGUUUCGAAAAUUCAAAAUCUUUUAAAACUUUUGUAUGAUACAUCACCCGAAUAUAAUCGAAAACAUUCAUUUGUACGUCGUUAUGAACUUGAUUCACAAUUAACUGAAUUAAAAGGUUUUCAAAAUGAUUUAUUAUCAAGUAAAGAACGAUUAAAUCAUGAUCUAUCGAGUCUUUAUUCAAAAGAUAUUAUUGAUGAAUGGUUUAAUCUUUAUGUAAUACCAAUAGAAAAUCAAAUAUAUAAGGCAUAUAUUGACUUUUCACCUGUAUUUAAUAUAACAUCAUGGGUACGACGACCACUUAACUAG